GGAUUGCAAACAAUCAAGUUAUUGGUUUCCUAUCUUGAUUUUGCACGAAAUCAUGGCUAGUAACUCAUCCGAAGACGAUGUUUGGCGAGUUAUCCUGCUCCCAGGACUUGAACGGGGACAGGCGACGACCAUCAAAAGUUUCACGCUUCCAGACCCACGGACAGCGCGGCCCCAGGGCUUCCUGCUGACCCACGGGUCCCUUUUGGAGGUAAACCGCUUCAAGCAGUCCCACAGCGCUUGGCUCGUGGGGGAUCGCCUACUGGCCGACGGCGGCGUGUUUGUGGCGACCGCGUACGACCCACUGUUCGUACUGCUGCCCCUACUGGACCGCGCAAGGGACAAGGAUGAGGGCUGUCCAGCGGGCAAGUUUAAGGAGCCAAAUGAGCUUCUGUACGACGGAGUCACGCCGGGACUCAACGAGCUGCUGCCGUACGUUCAGGGUAGUGGCGGCACCACUGAUCCUAAGCCUGCCGUCGACGCUGCCAUUGCCGGUAGCAGCGACAGCAAAGCGGCUGUGCCAGGGUCCUUGGUUUCGGAGCGUGAGCCUGCAGGAGGGGAUCAUCAUCAUGGUGAUGCAAAGGAGGUGGAGGAGGCGGAGGAGCUGCGGUCCAUUCCCUUAGCGACGCUGACCGGCCUGGACCAGCAGCUGGCAUGUAUAUGUGACGUACGUCGGAUCGAUGACACAACCUACUAUCGCCUCAACGAAGAUCGGGUGCUUGCUUGGCUGUGCUGCAAGUUCCGCCGCAUGCGGGCGGCGCUGUCAGCGCAGCUUAUGGGCAUGGACGCACCCCAUGCGGCUGCCUACGUGUUGGGCUUCCUGUCGGAGUACGUAGGUGACCCGUGGGUCCGUCGCGUGGCGAAACAAGUGGGCAUCAGCGAGGAGCUGCUCGCUGGCAACACGACACUGAGGCUAAUGGACCCAAACAACAUGCAGGCCGCGACCCGGCUGGCGGCGCCGCCGCCACCGCCGCUGGCGGGUGAGCCGCCGGAGAAGAAACAGAAAACCCAGGACCUGCGGGUCGCUGCCAAGCAGGCUGCCCUAGCCAAGCAGGCUGUUGGCACGAAAAAACUCACGUCUUUCUUCACCAAGAAGUAACGGCUACCGCAAGAGGACAGCCUAGCAACCUAGUACUCGCGUAACCGAUGAGGAUGAGCAGCGCUGGGCUGUGCGCUAUGUGCGCUAUAUACGCAUCGAAUUGAGCGAGUAAAACGGUGCGACCGCGACGCAAAACAGAAGCAUUGCGUGCUGGCAGCGAGGAGCACUGAGUGCUGACGACGCGCGGCGGCGACGGGAGGAAAGAGGGGCAUGUGUGGAGCCCCUCGGGGGCAGAAUGGCUGUGAUCGUCUCCGGAUCCCUGGAGCUGGGUUGGUUCGUUGAGGUGGCUUGGAGUGGCAGGUUUGUAGAAUUUACUGGACGGAAGGUAAUGGACGGACAACUGGCGACGUGCUCGCUGCGGCUGCAGCU